AUGGCCCUGCGUGAGACGACGCUUUUUUUGUUGAGUUUAUCAUGUAUGGGUGCGUCACAAGAGGAUUGGCCAUGCAUCCCCUCUCCGUGGAUCUGUCGGGGCUGGAUCGCAAAUCGGCUAAUGGGACAAGUUGGCAUGUUGUUGAGGAGCACCUAUCUUCCAGCGAGGAUCGUUGAAGGGGUUGAGCUGGCAGAGAAGUACAGGGAGUUCAUCACUGACCCUGGCGGAUGUCUCGCUGCGCAAUGGACUAUGCAGCUUCUGUCGGUCGAGCUUUACAUGUCCCGUUUUCAAACAGGCGCCGACGGGACCCAAGCGCUUGGGGUUGAUGGCAUCAUGUCCCUAUUCGCCAUGUUUUUCCGUGGGGACGCGGCCUGCGUGAUGCUUUUUGAUCAGCUUCUGUGGGGCACUGGUGCUGCUUGGUCUUCUGUGGCCGCUGCUGGCUGGAGCACCUUUGCCUUGCUUGGGAGGCUGUCCAAGGCUUUGCAGAUCUAUCUAGACAUGCAAGGCGGACCAUCAAGCGAAGCUUUGCAGGGCUUUUUAUUGCUGCCGACGGGGGAGAUGCGCAACAUCGCUGAGCGGCUGCCCAAGCUCCUCCAGAGCUCUCUUUCCAGCUUACGGGCUAUAAAUGUGUCCACACCAUGGAAAGUUCGCGCAGAAGCUGCAGCGAAAGCAGAAGAUCUGUUGCGAGAAUGGUCACGUGAAGCUCUCUACCAAGGAUUGCCACCUGUGCAGGUGGUGGCAUUGUUGUUGGUCGACCUUCGGUCACCAGAACUCUGGCAGCUACUGGACCGAAUGCUGUUGCCCCACAGUGUAAGCCUUUGUAUGCCGAAGCUGUUUGGUUGGGCAUCGUUUGCUCAUCGUGGGCGCUGCACGGCAAGACAUUGUUCAAAAUUCUGGGACCUGGAUGAGGCCUAUGUUGCAGGCACUGCGAAUGCGCAUGCUGCCAACCAAAGCUCUGUCAGAGACUUGACUAUUGUCCACGUUGGCGCGGACCGUGACUUCCUCAGCGACAGCAUCCGCAGCGAGUGUAUGCUAAGAUGUUCAAAGUCCGUAGUUCGCACUUUGAGACAGUUGUCAGGAGCCGUGGUGGGGUUUGUAGCAAAGACGCCCUUGACAUACGUGGACGCAGGGGCAGCCAUGGGGGAGUGCAUGCUGUUGGCGGCGUUCAUGCUGCCGGAAGGUCGUUUAAGGGGUUUGGCAUUCGAGGCGUUGCCCCGGUUUGUGAACCGAAUCAGGGAGACCCUGCAUAUCAAUGGUAUCACUGCUUUUGCGAGCCACAACAGCACGCAAGUGGUGGUCAAGAAUGUGGCUUUGGGCUCUGCGCAAUCCAAGAUGCUAGGGUCAUUCUCCCACGCAGGCUUCGUAUCUGAGACCUUUGGGGUGCCGACUUGGGGCCGUGUUUUUGUGAGAAGCUCUACUCUGGAUCAUGAAGUUGCCUCGCAUCUGGGUCGGAAGGAGACUAUUGAUCUACUGCACAUCUUCGUAAACUCCUGGGAGCCAGCCGUGCUCAAGGGCACCAGGCAACUUCUUCUGGAUCGCCGUGUGGGCUGUGUGCUUGUGCAAGUGUAUGGGCGGGAGACUAUGUUUUCUAUCGUCAAGGGACUUCUCCGGACGGCUGGCUACACUGUGAAAAACCACAGUCUCACAUACGUGGCUGCUAGCCCUUCAGAUGACCUCGCACUCUCAGAGGGGAUUGAAGACGGGGUGCCGCAUGUAGACGCGGCCACAGUUCUGGACAUGCCGAUCGACACGGCGGUUGGAUCCAACACCGACGCAUGGCAGACCACGCCGGCAUCCCUUUCCUUCUCGGACACCAUGGCCAGUGUUUCGGGUCUUGCUCGGCCCUCGGUGAAGAGCGAUGGCUUCCGUGCUCUAUCCUACAAUGGAAAGCCCUUUACUCGAAACUUCGACACCCUCUGCCCGGUCUACCCUGAACCCUUUGCCGAGCAGGCUUUUCCAGACCUGGACCUCGAUGCCGGUGAGGUAGGUGAGAUGUUGAGUCGCAUUGCAGCUCAAUGUUUCAUGUUGUUGGCCUUGGGAUGCAGGGCAGGGCAGGGCACUAGGUCGCCCCCGGCCGAGAUGACUUACGUCAGCGCCUUCAACGUCUACUUUGCCGUGGAUGCAGUGGGAACCAACCGGUCUCAGCUGGCCUCCAUUGAUGCAGCCCGGCAUGGCGUCGGCACCAAUUACGAUGCCAACACGAGCAAUAUGUUCGAUGUGCCUGCCAACUCAGACUUCACCGACUUCUCGCACUGCCUCUUUCGUCAGGUGGUUGAGGUGUGCUCGGGUGCAGGCGUUGUCUACACCAGCUCCACGUUGGCAGAGCAGUCGAAGGACUUGGGUGGGAGAACGGUGCAGUCCCACGUCGUAGCCAUAGCAUUGCAACAAGAUCUGAUUCACAAGCUGCUCACCCAGAUUGAGAAAUCGUAUUUCUUGGGAAGAGACUACGAUGGUUCCGUCAGCAACAUUCAGUUCAGUGACAAGGCCGAAGACUUUUGUGCUUCGAACUUUCACUCGUGGUACAGCCGUCCCGGUCCGGACAUGUUGGAGGACCUGGAUUUGUCUGAAGUCGGCGGCGACGUGCAUUGGCAGCCUCCCUCCCUGCUGGAUGGGCGCUUGGCCUCCUACAGCCGAAGCCUUGUGGGAGAACCGGGAACGGCCUUGGUUUGUUUGGGCCAGGCAGGCAUCUACCUGUCCUCCACGACGGGGCAAACGAAAUCCCUUGUCGGCUCCCGCCCUGUUGGCACCAACACAGUGGUGCUGGCAGCAGACACGCCACGCAGUGAUUUCGACUACAUCCUUGUCUCUGCAGCGUCCUCCCUCGAGGAGCAGACAACUCCGGUGUCGGCAAUGUUGUUUGACACGGAUGGAACGGUGCGGAAUCUCACGUUCCCAGACUGCGACCUUGAUGCCUUUGAGCUGGGAGGUUACCUGACCUGGGCAGCACCUGCCAACAUCACAGAGGUAUCGCACUACUUCGUCUACCUCGGCAUGGAUGGCUCUUCGGCCUGCACGGGCUAUGCUGACAGUCGCACGGCAGAUGCUGCCUCUCUGGCCGGACAUCGAGACACGGCCGUUGAGGGUCCCUGGUGCCGAUGGCUGUAUCAGAUCAAUGCGCUGGGCGAUACCAACAGCACUCUCCCUGCUGACACGGUGAUGCAAAACUGGACGCACUGGCUCGUCUAUGCUUCGUCUUCGCUGGCAGAGCAGACCACGCCUGCAACGGUCGAGAUCCAGGAUGACAAUGCCACGGUGGGCACGAUCAGUUUCGUGGGUACUGACUUGAACAUGGACGUGGUCAACGGGAGCCUUGUGUGGGGGCCGCCUGCUGAUGAGGGCUCCAAGUGUGAAAAGGUGCAGAAGCGGACAGUCAUCUACAUCGCGGAGGACAACAUGGGCUCGGCAAGGUCCCAACUGGGUGAGGUGGAAGCCGGCAUUGAUCAGCUACAGGUCGUUGAGGGCGAUGCCUAUGGGAACUUCACCCACUUCGUGGUGUACACGAAGUCCAGCUUUGCUGAGCAGACGACGCCGAACAGCCUGUCCUUCGAAGAAGCUGUCGCGAAGUAUCAG